AUGCUUGAAUGGAGUCCUCAGCAUCGCCUACUAUGGCCAUCUAUCUCUCUGCCCGUCAACCAGCCAGACCCCUGUGCAGGUAAGGUAGUAUCACCCAUGUCUGUCCUCUCAGAUGGCGAAAAAGCAUGCUGCUCUCUUAUCGUGCGUGUUUUAUAUACCCCCAAACAGCUAACCAGCCAAACUCACGAUAGUACGAAGCCCACUCCGUCUCUAUACGUCGACGUCGACCAGGGGGCCGCAUGCAAGACAGCAAGGGAGAAGAAGAAGAAGAAGAAGAAGAAGAAGACAAAAAAAAAGAAAAGAAAAAAAAGCAACGAGGAGACGCAGAAGAAGAACUCCACCAUGCGCGCCCAGGGAGAGAGGCUUUGCAAGGGCUAA